CAGCCAUCUUGGCAACACUGAACUGCUGUAAAAUCAGAAACAUCCACUUUCAUACCGAUUAAAUGCAUUCAUCAACAUCAUCGGACGAUGAGCUGGACGACGUGAUCGCGUACAGCCCGUACGCAACGGACAAUGAGCUGGACGACGUGAUCGCGUACAGUCCGUACGCGACGGAUGGUGAAGCAAAUGUAGACGACGAGCUAAGCCCACCGCGAGGACCAGAACAGGCCGGAAAUGAACCGCAGCAGUGCAAACUUUGUCACGCCAUUGUGCCCACAAUGCGCGAGCUGAUCAUUCACUUUCUCCUGCAUCACGAAGUGGCGGGCGAUGGGUCACUGCGUGCAAUAUCAAAACGAGAAUCCAAGGCUUUACCGGAUGUGCAGCAAAAGUACGUUUGCGGUAUGUGCGGGGUCGAGUGUUUCGAUACGAUGCGCGAAACCAAGCGGCAUAUGUUUGAAGAGCAUGGCUAUCGGGAUGAAGAAGCACGUGACUCCGGGGCCGAUUACUCGUCGGAUGAUCAUUCCGACGGAUCGACCGACACGAACGUGUCCGUCGAAGGUUCCGACAACGACUCGAUCGACGGCGUUUCGUCGGGCAUGGUUUCGGAAAUGUCAUCCAGCACCCAGUACGUUUCUUCGCCAGACUCCCGACGAACGCGAGGCCGUUCAUACAGCCUUUCCUCUUCGGAGUACGAACCGGAGCAAGCGGAUCGGCCGGGGGAGUUCGAAAAUUAUUUACGCUCGAUCACGCUAAAAUCUUUGAUGGCAAAGUUCAAAUCCGAGCUAUACCACAAAUGCUCCCGCAAAGGCUGCCAGUACAAGUUUGUGACGAGCGGGGCACGAGAACGGCACCUUCAAUGCCAUACGGAGGACAACGAACCGGGGCCAUCGAAUGUGGCUAGCGGUGGAAAAAGGAAGCGGUUCAGCUUCAAAUGCACGCAGUGUGAGCAGAGGUUCGACUCGUGGAAGCCAUGUCUGCUACACCUGUGGCACAACCAUCAGAUCGACCUAGGAAUGAUGCAGUGUCCAGUGUGCGACAAACGGUUCGGGUACGUCGUGCACGUAUUUAAUCACCUUCAGACCCAUCGCCCCAGGUCGAUGCGUGAAAUUCGAUGUCGCAUUUGCAGCCAACGGUUUGCCAACAACGCCCAACGGUCGGUCCAUGAAGCGCUGCACCGAAAAAAGGGUCACCACAUGGCACUGGAUGUCGUCCAGGAGGAGGAGGAGAUGGCAUGCGAACCGAGGGAGGUGAAACUAGCACCGAAAACUAGGGAACCCAAACCAAAACGUCCGGUCAAACGGCGAACCAGCUCCAGUCGUCUGUGUAAGUUGUGCAAGCGCAUGUUUGCCAACGCAAAAAUCCUCUCGAAGCACGUCCAAACGGUUCACUUGAAGAUCAAACCGUUCAUUUGCAACGUUUGUGGAUACAAAUGCGCACGGAAGGUCACCCUUAAUAUCCACAUGCGCCAGCAUUCCGGAGUGAAACCCCUCGCAUGCCAAAGCUGCUCGUUCCAGACGGCCGAUCCGAGCGCACUGCACUAUCACAAGCGCCGCCACCAGAGGGAAAAACUAUACAAGUGUCGCACGUGCGGUUUCAACACGGUCCAACCGACUGUCCUUAAGCAGCACAUCCAGCGCCGUCAUCCGCAGGAGUACGAGCGGCUCAAGUGUCGGCUGUGUAGCUACGCGUCAAUCAACGCCCAAAACCUACGGCGCCAUGUGGCCGAGCACGACGCGGGACUGAUCGUGGGAGAUGAGCGUGAGAACGAUCGACACGAACAGGAAUCACACGCGUCGCCACGAAGCGUGUCACGGACGGAGGUGAAAAAUGUGCCGGAGAUUUCGCUCGAUUGCUUUUUACCACCGGAAAGUGCCGAUUCGGUGGUGCACGAUGCCGGUGGUAUUACGAUUCCGGCGGUGGACGGUCCAGUGCCCGUUGCGCAUUCCGAGGAUACACAGUUUCCGCUUUAAGUGGAAAUUCCACUUUAAGAUGCUGCGAAAAAGCCAAUGUCUACA